CUUAUAUCUAAAAUAAUGCUUCUGAUGAUUUUCAAUUAUGACGUAGUCGUCUCUUGAUCAUUUUAGAAAUGAUUUUAAUUCUAAUUGAUACGAAUAUAACACUAAGAUUUCCUUUUAACAAGACGUUCGAUACACUCGAUAUUAAUAUAAUUAAUAUACAUCGAUAAUAUACAUACAUAUGUUUAAUAAAACAAAGAUGGCACGUUCUAUUCCCAUGUAAUCAAAGAAACGAGUAAACAGGGAUAAUUUUUUUUUUGUUUUGAUAGACUUCUUUCAUAUUUCUUUAAGCACGUCUUAUUUUAUUUAAAUAAAUUAACUACGUUUUAUGAAAAGUUAUUUCAUAUUACUUUCUAGUUUUACAUUAAUCGAAAAUAAUUCUUUCAAUUCUCACUGAUGGCGCUGUUUCACGUAGUUAACGAAAUACCCUACAGGUAGCGCCAUCGCCGCAACAAAUUUUCUCAUAGAUGGCGUUGUUUGAUGAUUAUUUCUCCAAUGUGCAGUUUUAAUUCUAACUCAUAAAGAUAGCGUUGAUGAAACGACGAAUAUAUUUGAUAUCAACAAGGUCUGCAGAAACGAAGAUUACUAACAGGAAACCUCAAGAUGGGAUUGGAGAUUUGCGUGGAUACAUUUGAGUCUGCAAAAAACGCGAUUAUAGGUGGUGCCAUGAGAUUAGAGUUAUGUUCAUCUUUAUCGGAAGGUGGUUUAACACCAUCAGUUGGUUUCGUUAAUAAAAUUCGGAACUUAACGAAUAUAGAAAUUUACGUUCUGUUACGCGUUAGAAGCGGAAAUUUCGUUUAUUCUCGUGAAGAAAUGGACAUCAUGUUAUUCGAUUUGAAAACAAUCAAGGAUUUAAAAUUAGCGAAUGGUUUUGUUUUCGGUGCUUUAACGGAAGACCAUGAAAUCAAUACAACUUAUUGCAAGCAAGUAAUAUCGCUAGCUAAACCACUUCCCGUUACGUUUCAUCGCGCUUUCGACGAAAUGCGACAGGAUCCUUUAGAAACCGUUCAUUUAUUGCAUUCCCUCGGUUUCCGUAGGAUUUUAUCAUCGGGACGACAGGAAACAGCUGAGAAAGGUAUCAGUCUCUUAAAAAGUAUGCAUGCAUUAAAAAAAAUAUUGAUAAUGCCAGGUGCCGGCAUUACUCCGGAUAAUAUAUUAAAUAUUAAAUUAAAGACUGAGAUCAAUGAAUUUCAUUGCUCGGCUAGGAAAAAGAAACAACUCGCUGCAAAUGAAAGGAAUCAUUUUAGGAUGGGUACCGUAUUAGAGAAAGAUUAUGUCAUGGUUACCGAUGUUAAUACGGUCAGAAAAAUGUGUGAAAUAAUUGAAAACGAUUAUGAGUAAACGAAUAAAUUUGCAUCUAAGCGACUCUUUGAAUACGAAUAAUUCCGUUCUUCGUUUCUAUAAAAUCUCUAAUAAAAUUAAAAAUAAAGAAAUAAUUAGCUCUUAAUUGCGUUUCAUACGACGUUAAUUAAACUGAUAAUAAAUAAAAAUAACCGAUCGAGAAACGAUUGGUUAUUGUUUUUUCGUUUCGUAGUUAGCUUAAGUGUUUUAUAAGAAAUUUGUUUUUGUCAUCCAAAGCGUGACAUACGAGUUAGAAAGAGUUAAUAGAUAAUUGACAUUAGAUUUGAUUGUUACUCUUAUUUACGUUCUGUUUGAAAAUAGAAUACGAUUGAUCACGCAUGUCGUGCUUUCUAGGAUAAGUGAAUUUUUUUAUUUUUCUUUUUUUUUUUUUAUUUGGAGGAGAGUGUUUCUACCAUAUCUUUUCUUUUUUUUUCUUAUGUCAUUUCUUUUUUUUUUAUGUAUAAAAAGAAACAAAAAAUUUUAAUACAAAUAGAAUAACUUGCGUCGUUGUAGAAUUUUAAUUUUAACAAUGAAUGAAUGAAUGUUCGAUUUUUGAAAAUAAAACAAAAUUGUGCAUGCUGCUGUAGAGUGAUUUGAAUUUUUAUAUUAAGAUUAAUUUGUCAAUCCGAUUUAGAAACGAUGAUGUUAUAAUUUUGUAUUAAAAAAAAAUAUCUAUAUCUUUGUAUUUUUAUAAAUACUAUUUGUUUGUAUAAUUUUCUUGUCCACUAUUAUAAAAUCUCAUGAUUAUCAAUUGUCAAGAUGACGUAAUGAUGAAUAAUAAAAAUACAUAAUACCGAUCAUUAAGUUUCAUUAAAACUAACAACGUCUAUAAGUAUGGUAUUUUUACGAAGAUAACGAGUCAUUAUUGAUUAUGUAUAACUUACUAUCAAAUUAAAUUUAAUAAUUCGUUAUAGUAAAAUAUGAAUUGAAAUGAUCCAUUGAUUUGAUAACAAAAGAAAUAUAUAUAAUCUAAAAAUUCAAAUAUCGUCAAAAAGAUUUUACAAUUUUAAUAAUUAAUUAAUAAAGAUAAUUUAUAACAUACCAUCGAUUUAUUAUAAAACGAAAAAAAUAUCUUUCAAAAUCUAAACGUUGAAAAAUUCUAUUUAACAAUUUUGCAGAUAAAAUAUCAGUUUUCUAAAAAUUUUUACGAAACGAUGAUAAGAUUUCUAUUUAAAUUCGAAGAACUCAAUUAAAUUAAUGAUUAAUACAAUGAACAAUUAAAUAAUUAAUUCAUGAUUAAUCUCGUUCGUUUUACGAAUGUUUUCUUAGAAAUUUAAAGAAAUAAAUAAUUUUCAAAAGCUAAAGAUCAUAAAGAAACAAAAAACUUUAAGUUCUCAACGAUGUGAUAAUUAAUUAAUUUUGUUUGGAACAAUGUGUGGUUCGUUAUUUUGGUUUUUCUUUCUUUCUUUCUUUCUUUUUUCCCUCUAUCUUAUUAUUAAUAAUUAUUUCUAUUCGAUAUAGCUUGAACUUUCACUUUGCGAGAACGACUAGCUAACUCGAAAGCUACGUAUUAACGAGAAAGUAGAAGAUGCAUUGUCUGUUGCAAAUGUUUGCAAAAUAGAGAAAGCAUUGUUAUUAAUAUAUUAUCGUUUGACGAUGUGAAAAAUUACAACAAAAAAAAAAAGAAAAAACAUAAAACAAAAAAAAACCUCA